AUGAAAACCCCAUUUUGUGUAAGACUGUAGAUUUUAGGGAUUCAGCCAAAUGAUGAAGUGGAAUAUUUUGAGAAUCCAGAUGCUUUUGAGAAUAGUUAAAAAGUGUUUCCUUUGAAUAACAAUGGACAAAUUUAUGGCAUUUAUGUGAGGAGAUUAGAAUACUAUAUUAAAAAGAAUUAUGUUCAAGAAGGAAAGAUUGUUAAAGGGAGAUUAAUUUACACAUUUUACAAUUACAUUACCUAAUAAUUUGUGGAUAUAUUCGAUUUGUUGUGUAUGGAAAAUACUUUCAUUAAGUUGGAUGGACAAUUUUGGUUCAAAGAUGAAAAUGCACUCUAGCCAUUGAUUAUUAGAUUGAGAGUGCAAAUUCAUUAUUAAGAAUAUCAGAGAUUUUAACACUUUUUAGAGAACAUCGAGCUAGAGAAAAAGAACUUAUACAAUAGCAUUGAAAAGGCAAAGGCUGAGUUAACUAUUAACUAUGACAAUUUGAAUAACUUUAAAAUGAGAGUAAAUUAACUUAAGUAAUGUUAUCAAAUACAACCCUAAUAUCCAGAAAUUGAUAUUGCCAUCCUAUAUAGUCACCCUUUGGUAAAUCAAAAUUAGAAGCGUGUCAACCCAGUGUAAUACUACGAUGACAUAUCCAAUUUCAAAAAGAGAAUAUCUGCUCUUAACAAAAAGGUUACAUAUCUAAUUACUCAAGCCACUAAAGAAAACUUGAGAUGGGUUCUUAAGUAUAAUCCGAAAAUCAUCCACAUUAUUGCUCACGGAGAAAAUGAUACAAACUAACUAAAUUAAUACUUACAAUUUGAGAAUAAUUGCACAGAUGAUUUCGUCUAUAGAGAAGAUUUAUAAUUGAUUAUGAAGGAUUCUAAAAAGUCAUUAGUAUUUCUGGCUUGUUGUUAUGCUGGUGAAAUAGCUAAGAAUAUCUAAUAAUAUGCGACAACUAUAGCAGUGGACAAGGAACUAAAAAUGUUGGAUGAUGCAGGCAUUUUGUAUUUCUCAUCCCUGUAUGAGAAUUUGUUAGAAAAGAAAACGCUAUAGGAAAGUCAUGAGGAGGCUAAAAAAAAGGUUGAAGUUGAACUUGGAGAAAAGAACUAUCAAUGUUGUCAUUCUCAUUCUCAUAGAUAGACUUGCAAAGACGUCUUUGGGAAAACUAAUGACUUGUGCUUCGGGGACAAAACUUAGUGUGAAUGCAAAAAGAAAUCAGCCAAUUUAAUUAAAGAUAGAUUAUCACAUUUGUGGGGUCCAGAUCCAAAGGACUAAUGUAAAGAAGUCUGUGAAGUCAUUUUACAAUAGAUUAAAGACCAAUCAUAAAGAGAACUUGUUAAAAUGAAAUUGGAUGAAUUCGCAGAAGAUGGAGUUCUAAGAGUUUGUUGUUGUGAAUUGGCAGAGAAACUCAUGGAUGAUAGUUUCACUUUCAUUUAACACACCGAAUCAGAGAAAUUUCAAAUAUUUUCAUAGAGUUCUAGUUAAUCUUAAAUAUUUAAUCAAGUUGAAGAUGGAAAUCUCAUUGAACUUAAUUAACUCUCUUGGGAAGAAUAAUAUUUCAUUGCUUGGAAGAGGGAUGCUAAAACUAUAUUUCAUAAAUUGUCUGAGAUCUUCUACACCAACAAGAGAUAAAUUCUCAAAAUAUGUGCUGGCCAUUCAAAAGGAGAAAUGCAUGUGGUUAAAUUUGCACAUCAAGUUUCAAAGUAUUUUAAAUUUAGGAAAUUGAAAUUUUACAAAAGGAAUGAGAUUGAUGAUAUUCAAAUAAUUCAAGAUCCUAUAGAAAAUAUCUAAUAAUUAUUGAAAAGAUCAUAUGAGGCAAGGAUGAGUUACAUCUUUAUUAUUCAUAAAAUAAAUAAAGAACUAUUUUUGAAAAGCAAAGACUAAUUGGCAUAAUUAAAUCAAAAGGGAACUGUAAUCUUAAUCUCAAAUUCAGAAUUAAUUGAAUUAGAAUUAGAUUCCAAUUAUUAUAAAAUAAUGUUAAAAGAUUGGGAGAAUCUGAGUGAGAAAAAAGAAAAAUGUGAUUUUUUCAAAAUUAUUAAUGAAUAUGGUGAAGAAAUAAGGGACAAGAUUUUAGAAGAGUUGGGAGAAAAUAAUUUAAAAAAAUUAAAAUACAAUGAUUUACUAGAUGAAAUAGAAAAUUUCCUCAACAAAUAACAAGAAUAAAUAGUUUAGAAUUGA